AUGGAGCAAGAGAAAUGGGGUUCCCACGUGGAUUACAUGAUGACACUUAUUGGCUACUCAAUCGGAGUGGGAUGCAUGUGGAAAUUCCCGUAUAUGUGUAUGAGAAACGGCGGAGGAGCAUUCCUGAUACCGUUCAUCGUAUUUAUGAUCAUCGGCGCAGUUCCCUGUGUGUUCCUUGAAAUGGUGAUUGGCCAGUUCUCACAGAGUGGAGCAGUUAAAGUCUGGAACCUGUGUCCACCGUUCAAAGGUGUGGGAAUGGGGAACGUCCUCAUAGGCAUAUUCUACAGCACCUACUAUUCUGCCCUGUUUGCCUGGUUAAUCUACUACUUCUACCACUCCUUCUCUCCCAACAUUCCCUGGAGUAACUGUGACAACCCAUGGAACACGCCAUCGUGUAUAAGGUUCGACGACGUCGGAGAUGACGCAUCUGCCAACGCUACAAAUGUUUCUGUGGUGUACAUUACCGUCGGCGUUCCAUACAUCCUCAUCACUAUGUUCCUCAUCCGGGGCUGUCUACUCCCAGGUUCGGCUGACGGAAUAUAUUUCUACAUAUACCCACAUUUUGAGAGGUUGCUGGAUCCCAAGGUGAAGAGCAGCUCCGAUGAAAGACUUCAUUAA